AUGGCUAUCGCACGACCGAUUCGCAUGCUGGGCGCAGCAUGCAUUCUUCUCUGUCUAUUCCUUGUCUUUCAAUUACACCAGAGCGACUCUGAAGUAGGGUCCAAGUUGACCCAUGGCAUGAAAAAGGAUCCUCUUGUAGAUCCGACUGGAGAACCUGCGGGGAAUUUAUGGCGAGCCGACGAACACGAUUAUUCCCCCGAUAGCGAGCAAUCGGCCCGUACCAAUGCCGCACUCAUUACCCUCGUUCGCAAUGAGGAAUUGGACCAGUUGUUGUCCACAAUGAAUGAUCUCGAGCGAACAUGGAACCACAAGUUCAACUAUCCCUAUAUCUUCUUCAACGACGUCGAAUUUACCGAGGAGUUUAAGCAGAAGACCCGGGCAGCGACCAAGGCCAAGGUCCAAUAUGAACUUGUGCCAAAGGAACACUGGGACGUUCCCGAUUGGAUCAACAUGGACCUCUUCCUAGAAUCUGCGAAGCUCUUGGAGGAACAGGACAUCCAGUACAGCUCCAAAAUCUCCUAUCACCAAAUGUGUCGCUGGAACAGCGGCUUGUUCUACAAGCACCCUGCCCUUAACGGCUACCGCUACUACUGGCGCAUUGAGCCUAAUGUCAAGUUCUUCUGCGACGUCGACUACGACGUGUUCCGCUACAUGGAGGAUGGCAACAAGACAUACGGAUUCACCAUCAACCUCUACGACGCACCCCAGAGUAUCCCGUCUCUCUGGCCGGAAACUCAGCGAUUCCUCGCCGCCAACCCCUCGUACCUAAGCGACAAUAACAUGUGGGAGUGGCUUACGGACGACGUGGCUCGUCCCGAGCACACUAAGGGUGCCAAUGGAUACUCCACCUGCCACUUCUGGUCCAACUUUGAGAUCGGCGACCUUGACUUCUUCCGUGGCGAGAAGUACGAGGCGUACUUCCAGCACCUGGAUCGCGCCGGUGGAUUCUUCUACGAACGGUGGGGUGAUGCCCCCGUCCACUCCCUCGGCAUCGGUCUCUUCGCCGAUGCCGCCAAUGUUCACUGGUUCCGCGAUAUCGGAUACAACCACAUCCCGUAUCUCAACUGCCCCAACUCGCCAAAGUGCUCCGGCUGCAAGGCUGGCCAGUUCUACCAGGGCGCAGACUGGCUCUCCAAGGAGGAUUGCCGACCUACUUACUUCAAGUAUGUUGGAACACACUAA